CUCAGAGAGAGACAGAAAAAAUACUUAACCCCUACUUGGAUGUAUUGGGCCAAAUGGAAAUAGGGAUUUAACCCUUAGUGUGUUAGACUUCGUUGCAUUAAAGGGUGUGUGUGUCCAGCUUGAUGUAACGGAGAGACACUCGGGCAACACCCAAGGAAAAACAUUGUGUGUCUGUCUCUGUGUCUCAGUCUGUUUUGUGUUUGAAGAUGAAAGUGAAAGGAAAUCCAGUCUGGACUCUGUCCCUGCCAUGAGGCUCUGCACAACUGGAUAUUGGAUUUGUAGAAAUGAUUCUGUAACUUUGCCCCAACUGUGUGAGGGGAGGUGAGAGGACACACACAGGAAUAAGGGGCACAACAUGUGAGGGUUACUGGAGAAUAAGGAGGAAUGUGGGGGACAAUCAUGGGAGACCCAGGAGGAGUCACUGUACUGAUCCCGUUCCUCAGGAUCCAGGGAAUUCUCUGCCUCUUCCUCCUGCCCCAGACACGUGCUGUUCUGGAGGUGACUGCUCCUUCCCCCCACAUUGCCCAGAAAGGAUCCGACAUCCUUAUUCCCUGCACAUUCCAAGUGAAUAAAUUCCCUGCUGAUCCAAAAUUCUUGGCCAUACACUGGGAUUUCAAUGGAAGGAGAAAACUGACAUAUGACAAUGAAGUGAGCACAACAGAUCCCCGACUCUCCCUAAACUCAACUACAGCCCCAUGGGGAGAGGCCUCUCUGUCUGUGUCUAAUACACAGGUAUCUGAUGGUGGGAGAUACACUUGUACAGUCACUUACAGCCCAGAGAAGCAAGCAAAGGAGAUUAUACUGACAAUUCAAGCCCCCCCUCGCAUCUCAAUUUCUAAUAAAGUAGUGGUUGAGAAUAAGGAAAGUGACCUGAGAGCCUCCAUCACUGGCUUCUACCCCCUGGAUCUUGAUGUUAAAUGGCUGAGAGAUGGGGAGAUAUUACCUGGUGUUACUGUGAAUAAGCCCCAGAGAGACCCAGAUGGCACCCACAGUACAACCAGCACAGUGACCAUUGUACCCACCAAGGAGAACAGGGACCAGAUCUUCUCUAUCCAGGUCCAACAUUUCUCUCUCAUUGUCCCUCUCCAGGAGGACUUCCAACUGAUCUAUGCAGUUGCUCCCUUCAUAAAGAUCAGUCAUGAGCCGUUUUAUGAGAAUAAGGAACAGACUCUGAUGUGCCGAGUGUGGGGGUAUUACCCAGAAGAAUCCAUUGCUGUGAGUUGGUUAGCAAAUGGAAGUCAUGUGGAAGCCUCCGAGAUAAAGAGGAUUAACAGUUAUGUUCUGGAGUCUUUCUUCCGGUUCCUCCCAACAGCUGAGAGUCAGGGGAUGGAGAUCUCUUGUGUGGUGGAACAUCAGGCCCUCACCCAACCUCUUGUGCUCAAAGUGCCCGUGCAACUCACAGAUGCUCAGGGGAGUAUUACACUAAUAAUAACAACAAUAAUAGCUGCUGUUGUUCUGAUGGUGGUAGUUGUUGCCAUUCUGAUCACAAAGAAGAAGAAAAUAUGUUGUUUCACUACAGGGGAUGAAGAAGAUGUCCAAGGAACUGAACUGACGACUCAUUGGGGCAGCGAAACUGAUCCUUUUAUUAAUAGCUCCAGUAUGGAAAAUAAUAUGGAGCAUGGAGCUUCUCCAAAACCCGGGGACAUCCAGCUGAACACACAAGGGAAUUUCUUCCUAGAGGUGAAAGACUUUUACCCUAAAGAUAUCCAAGUAGAAUGGAGAGGUUCCCCUGGGACUGCAGGGAAGGAAUUUGUGACUCUCAAAAGUGAUUUGAUUUACAACAGAGAAAAUGAGAAUGGGACGUAUAAUGUGACAAGUACCUGUGUGAAUGUGUUUAAUAUGAGUGGUCCGUACACCAUAGAGGCAAAAGUACGGCAUACGUCUCUGCAGUCACCAAAAAUAAUCACAAAGAAAAAAGCCAACACGUCACAGGAUGAGAAUUUACCCACAGAAACCUCAGAAUCGGGGGCCACUGAUACUGGAGAGAACGGAGAACAAACAGGACUGGUUGGGACACAAAUUGAUAAAGAAACUCAGCAAUUUGCUCCCAUAGAAGGAAACACGGCAGACGAAGGAGACCAGGAACCAGGUUGUCCAAAAUUCAGUGAGAUCCAUCUGAACCCAACAGGGAAUUUCUUCCUAGAGGUGAAAGACUUUUACCCUAAAGAUAUCCAAGUAGAAUGGAGAGGUUCCCCUGGGUCUGCAGGGAAGGAAUUUGUGACUCUCAAAAGUGAUUUGAUCUACAACAGAGACAAUGAGAAUGGGACAUAUAAUGUGACAAGUACCUGUGUGAAUGCACAAAAUGUGCUUAAUAUGAGUGGUCUGUACACCAUAGAGGCACAAGUACGGCAUACGUCUCUGCAGUCACCAAUAAUAAUCACAAAGAAACAAGCAAAACCCAAAGGAAAGAUUGAAGAAUCCUCAGAGGAACCAGGAAAGUUUAUCUUCACUCUAGAAAGAUUUUAUCCUCGUUUUAUUGAAAUUCAAUGGUCAAGUCUUGGCAAAAGACUAAAUAAAAUGAAGAAAAUUACCGAAAAUACAGAUGGAACGUUUACUGCUAGAAGUGAAGUAACAUUUUCUGAGCAGGAAUUGAAGUCUGGGAUAAAAGUGAUCUGGGAACAUGAAUCUUUACCCAAACCUGAGUGCCGACACCUGCCCUUAACAACCAACGUGAGCACGUCACAGGAUGAGAAUUUACCCACAGAAACCUCAGAAUCGGGGGCCACUGAGACUGGAGAGAACGGAGAACAAACAGGACUGGUUGGGACACAAAUUGAUAAAGAAACUCAGCAAUUUGCUCCCAUAGAAGGAAACACGGCAGACGAAGGAGACCAGGAACCAGCCAACAUGAGUACAUCACAGGAUGAGAAUUUACCCACAGAAACCUCAGAAUCGGGGGCCACUGAGACUGGAGAGAACGGAGAACAAACAGGACUGGUUGGGACACAAAUUGAUAAAGAAACUCAGCAAUUUGCUCCCAUAGAAGGAAACACGGCAGACGAAGGAGACCAGGAACCAGAGGAACUGAGCUCUGAUCUAACAGAAGAUUUUCAAGGUUUAUCCAUUAGUUCUACAAAAAGUUCCGAUAUUGUGGGAAAGUGAUGGACACCAAAAAUGUUGGAGAGAAAGAGACAAUUCCAUUCAUGGAUGUAAGAGAAACCCCAACUGUAGACAAGAAUGAAGAGGAGAUGUGUCAGGCCCUGGGGAAGAAGAAUCAGAAAAUCAGCAAUCCUGGAGAGUGAGAUACGGAAUGGGGAUGGAAUAGGACACUGAUCAGUUAAUUCAACAGAGUUUGAUUCUCCCAUAGGUUUGGAAUGUUUCCAUUAUCUGGCUGGGAGGGAAUUUAUUUGAGCAGCAGAUUUGAAUGUGACCUUUAAAUGAAAAAAGAGUUUGCGUCUAAAGGGUAAAAAAUUUAAAAAGGCAGAUUUAUCAAAAUGUGGGACCAGAAUUUAAGAAACAAAAUCAAAAUUUAUCAAAUGGUGAGUUCUAAUUUUCACCCAUUGAUAUCGAAAUGAAUGAAUAGAAAGUGAGUGAUUUAUUUCUGUGGUGAGUUCUAAAUUGACACAAAUCUGCCCCUUAUUUUCUGUGUUUACAAGUGUAGCACUUCUGUGAUUUUCUACAAUGAAUUCCUGCUUUUCCAACUCUCUCCUUCACCUUAAUCUGUGGAUCCCUCAAUUCAGCAGAGAAGUAAAUUGUGUUUGUUCCAUGUGUAUGUUGUUCCCAGUGUUUCAGUCACUCUAUGACUGUUUUACGUUCAAUAAGACACUUUCCUGUAUAACUGACCCUUAUACACAUCAGAUACACAACUGCAACAACAUCACAUGAGACUCAUUCACCAAUAGGAAUAUGACUAAUUGUCCACUAGGUGUCACCAUUGCACAGAGGGAGAGAACGAUCCUGUCCCACUAGAACCCUGGGCUCCAUAUGGUACCGACUGUCUCCUGCACUCCUAAUGCUCAGUGUGCGGCUCCUGCUAUCCCAGCACUGCUGAACAAAAUGUGAAAUAAUAAAAAAAACACAAAUAAUAAAAAAUAAAAAGCAAUUGCAAAUUAUCUCACAAUAUCCCACUCUGCAUCAUACUAAAAAUCAACCCUUUUAAUAUUUAGGAUAUUGGGUACAGGGAAUGACUGCUAAGUAUAAUCUCAGCCACAUAAUUCUCGCCAUUAACCCCAGCGCCGGAUUUCAUUGACUGGCGCCCCUAGGCCGCGCGGUCCGACCAGGCGGCCGCGCGGUCCUAGCGCCCA